GGGUACAGACAUGACUCUAUACACCUAAGUGUCCCGGAUGAUUCAGCUGAUAAUGCGUUUCUCUACUCGCCCUUUAGCUGAGGGACAAAAGAAGUGAGGGCAUUCCUACUGGAAUUCCAACCUGUUUUGUAACUUGUGCAAUAAUCAUUCAAUCUAGCGGGGCCGGGAGUCAUCCUGAGCGGUCAGGCUGAUUGGCUGGGCAGAGCAGCGCCGGGGUGUGGGUUGCGCACCCCUCCUCACUCCCUUAUCUACAGGAAGACUGGGCUCAUUCGAGCAGCAGCUCCUCCAGCAUCCAAGAAGCCGGGGCGCUGUUCGCACCCGCCUUGUCUUUCAGCUCAAGUCUGAAUCUCUUCUUCCAAAAUCCACUUGUCGGUGGACGCCCCGGGCACAGCCCGAGGUCACGAUGGAUCUUGAAGGAGGCCGCAGUGGAAGAAGGGGGAAGAAGAACUUCUUGAAAAUUAACGAAAAAAGUAAAAAAGAUGAGAAGAAAGAAAAGAAACCAACUGUCAGUGUAUUUGCAAUGUUUCGCUAUUCAAAUUGGCUUGAUAGGUUGUAUAUGUUGCUGGGGACUACGGCUGCCAUCAUCCACGGAGCUGGACUCCCCCUCAUGAUGCUGGUUUUUGGAGAAAUGACGGAUAGCUUUGCUAAUUUAGGAAACAUGACUAGUCUAAUGAAGUAG